CAAUUUAUUGAGUCAGUGAAGCUUUAUGACUUUUCAUUCAUUACCUUCUACAACGACAAAAUAGUCCUUGUUCUCGGUAAAUUGAAGUCCUUUUGGUCAAUCCAUUUCGGCUCCUUCCUCAUUCUACUCGAUGAUUCAAAACGUAUAGAUCUUUUUCAGUAACUCGACGUUAAUACUCCGCGUUUGACUUUAACUGGAACUCCCUCUUUCGACUUAAAACUAGUGAGUGAGAUAAGAGUGAUCUGAGCAAGUACACAGGCUUUGGUUUGCUUUUGGAAGCACUGCAAAAAGCUCUUUCCUCUCUUCUUCUGAAUCCCUCUCUGUUACAGAACGUGAUAUAUCAAGAAGAAGAAAAAGCGGCCCCCUCCCCUCCCCUCUAUCUGUUGCAUGUAUAUGUCAAUAUACAAAAGCUAAAGUUUUCUGUGUAAUUGUCAUAAAUGCAAUACUCAACUGCUCAACCAUAAUUUUUCCUUGGAAAACCCUAGUUCUAGAAAUUUAGAUUCCAUUACCCCUUUUGCUUUCUCGACCUAUAAACACUUUUUGGGGUGAAUAAGGAAGAAAAGAGCUUAAAGGGGUUUGUGAAAAGGUAUGAAAGUGGUAUGGAGGCGGAUGACAUUCAAAAUCAUGGGCGUAAGUAUCCAAGAAUCAGCAAUGGAAGGAUUGAGUUCAGUAAAAUAGGGCAGAAAGGAGAUGGCUUGAAGUACGCAGAUGAAGAUGAUGGAGAGACUACAAGGAGCAGGGCUAACGGUGGCGGUAUCGAUCUUGGUGGUGCCCUUGGUAGGUUUAAUUGCUGGCCUUCAUCACGGAUUGUUCGGGUUUCAAGAGCAUCUGGUGGAAAAGAUAGGCACAGCAAAGUUCUCACCUCGAAGGGGCCAAGAGAUCGGCGCGUGAGACUCUCGGUGAACACGGCGAUUCAUUUCUACGAUUUGCAGGACCGACUUGGCUACGAUCAGCCGAGCAAGGCGGUGGAGUGGCUGCUGAAGGCCGCUGCCAGCUCUAUAUCGAAGCUCCCUUCCAUUAGUACUGCAUUUCCAGAUACUCCUAAGCAGCUGAGCGACAAGAAGAGAUCUAGCUCUGGCGGUAAUGAUCAACAAGGUUUUGACUCAGAUGAAGUAGACAUGGACGGUGGCGGAGGUGAUCCUCAACAGACGGUGGGGAUGUUAUCCAAAUCUGGCACCGGGAAGGGUUCCGGGCUAUCGGUUUCCAGAUCUAAAAAUCGGAUCAAAGCCCGGGAGCGUGCAAAGGAAAGAGUUGCAGAGAAAGAGAAGGAGAAAGAGAACGAGUCUCCUCAUGUUGAACAUUUGAACCCUCUUUCCGAUACUACUUCUUUCACUGAACUCUUGAGUGUUGGCAUGAAUAAUGUCAAUAACAACACCAACCUUAACGUCUCAGUUCACCAAAAUACUACUUCAAAUGAAUCAAUUUUUUUCCAAAAAUCUCCCAGGCAAUGGUCUUCAACCCCAAUGGAUUACUUUAACAGUGGACUAUUAGGGCCACAGGCAACUCGUCCGGGGCAAAUUCACUUGGGAAAAAAUCCUCUUUCGCAGCCGGUUUGUUCACAGCUGUUUAGUGUAUCCGGGGACCAUCAGCCGGAGCUCCGGCAUAUCCCGUUUGUCCCGGAAUAUUUUGUUUCAGCUGUCACUGCACACAACAACAAUAAUAAUAAUAAUCACAAUGGUGCUGAUGAGUACAAUCUGAACUUCACAAUUUCUUCUUCUGCUACUUCUUCAAGCCUUGAUGGCUUCAACAGGGGGACCCUUCAGUCCAAUUCUUCCUCGCCGUCUCUUUUGCCUCACCUCCAGAGGUUUCCUCCCAUAGAUGGGUCUCCGAAUUUCUUUAUCGGCACCACUGCCUCACCAGUGGAGAACCACCACCAAUUCCUGUCUGGACUAGACGCCCGAUUGCAGCUUUGCUAUGGUGAUGGCGGCAGCCAUUCCCAGAAGGGAAAAAGAAAGAACUGAGUUCAUUCAAUAUCCAUUUCCUCUCCAUUCCAUCUUAAUUCCAGGUAACUGAAGAUGAGAAGUUUCAUAUUCUGCUGAGGACGACUUGACAGUAGGUUUGAGUUAGUUAAAGGUAAAUUUCUUGCCAAAAGUCCAGAGCAAAGAAUACUUUUCCUACCUCAGGCCUUCGAGUUAUUAUUGUUCUUACUUUGCACUUAAUUUUCAGAUAGUUCAACUGGCAUCACAUAUUUCAAUUUGUUAUGGGUGCCAGGUACUGUGUGUUUUAUUUGUACUUGAAUGAUUCUGAUUCUUUUUUUUCAUUGUGUUGGAAAAAAAUCGAUCUUUUGAA